AUGGCACUUUGGCUGAUGCUUCUCGAUGCAUGCCCCGGGUGUAGCUAUGACUGGCUCUUCCUCCGGGCCCUUGUGACGGCCGGCUAUGUUGGGUGGGUGUUGUAUGCCGGGCUCUUUGCGCUGCGUGCGCUGCGCAGCCAGAACCUCUUCGGCCAGCAGGCGCUUCUCGGCGAGGAGAAGCCCCGCCGGGAUGUGGCCUCGCCCGGGCCCGGCGGCAGCCGGCGGGCCGAACUGGCCGUCACCGGGGUCUUUGGCCUGCUGGCUGUCGGGCUGCUGGGGUUCCUGGCCUUGGAGCAGGCCCCGGGGCUGUACUUCCUGUAUGCCGGCUUCCCCCUGUUCUUCGGCUGGCGCGUGGGGCUGCUGUGCUGCCGGGCGCUGGCCGCGGCCGCGGCCGCCAAGCACCCCGGCAGUGGGGGCCCCGGCAUGAAGCCUCCCACGCGCGGGCCGAUGCGCAUUUUCCUGCUGGCACUCCUGCUGGUGGUUGGCAUCGAGCUGUUGGUCUUUUCGUACUUCCGCCGGGAGCUGCUGACUGUCCUGGUGCUCGCCGGCGCCGGCUGGACCCUGGUCAGUCGCUGGCCGGCUGGCCCCGGGCGCGUUCCGCUUCCGAGGUCGCCCAUGGCCCCGGCCGCCGGGGACCCCUCGCCGGCAUCCUCGUCGAUGGCCAAGGCCUCGGUACGUCGGUGGACCUACCUGUCCAUCGGCUGGCUGCUCCUGUGUGGUUUGUGCUGCAUGUUCCUCUUCUUGCCGGUGGUGCGCGAGGCGCAGCCGCAUUACAU